AUGACAUUUAAAUACAAUAAUACAGAGAAUAAUAAUAGGGCAUUGGAUAAUAUAACAGAAAAAAAGGUAUCUUAUUAUUAUAAUUGGAAAAACCGCAUAGUGAUAUCUUAUACACAGCACUACCACAUCCAAUUUGUAGAUAACAGUACGCAUUGCAUGCAUGUUAUACAUCUUCCAUUUUUUGUGUCUACAAAGAAUGGCACUACAGCGUAUCACUAUAUACACACAAUUGGGGAAAUUGCAAAAUAUAUAAUAGACACAUUCUAUGCUGCGACUAUAAAUAGCAGUAAAAAACCGUGCUAUAAUGUAUAUCCAUUUAAAUACAGCAGGAA